AUGGCUUCCAGAGGCUUCCUAUUCAUUAACAAGGACUCUAACUCACCUAGCCUGUCCCGAAAUACUGGUAGUGAGGCAGCUUUAGCUUCAAAGGUUAACAAGCACGUCCAACAGCAACGCUUCUGGAAAUCUUCGGGUCCAAGAAGAAACUGGUAUAGAGCAUUUGUGAGAUCAGAUAGCUCAGAUACGUCGACACCGUCACCAUCGGAGGAUUCACUGAAUGAGGAUAUCUUCGAGUACAGCAGAAGUCCAAGUAGAGACUCAUUCGAGCAGAAGCUUUCAAAGUCACCACGCAGGCCUUCGACUCCAAGACGCAGUUCAUCUACUGCUUCUGCCGUCCAAAGGACGCCUCGAUCGGUCCCACAAGAUACUGUUAUCAAACAAGAGUCACCUCCAAGAGAACGUGUCAAUUGGCUAGAUCCUGUUUUCAGCCUUGCUAGCAGACCAGGUGAUGUUGCUGAUCCCUUCAAUACGACAGUAGUGCCUAUUACCUCUGCCUUACGAGAUGUUCUGUCAAGGCAUCUGCGAUGGGCAGUCUCUUCAUCGAUCACAGAAUUCGCCAUUCACGAAGGUAUUCGAAGGAUCUUCAUGGUCGUGUUGACUGACAGAAUGCAUUCGGCGGCUUUCCUGGCAAUGGCAACUGCACAGCAAAGAAAGACAGCAGGACUUGUGCUGCCGCACGAUCAGAGCCCAGAGCACUACUCCUAUAUAGCCACGAAAUUGAUCAGGGAGCAUUUGGAGGCUAACGGAGAUGAAGUUGAUCCUUAUGCUUUUGUCGACAUAUUUCGGCUCGCCAUGUGUGAGUGGCUCAAUGGAAACCAUACAGCUGCGAGGAUACACUUCGCUUAUAUUGCGCGGAAUUGGAGCAGUCUAAGACCGCGAGAUGGUAGUGAACGACAUAACGUCGAGGUCAUCAGCAGCGAGGAUAUCUUUCUUGCCAUCGAUAUUGAUGAGAAGCCACUGCUCCAACUCAGUUGGGAACCGGAGCUUCCACUAGGUCCUCACAAGAUACCAUCAUCCGCUAUGAAGGUCCUAGAGCGACGGAAUAAAGCUGAAUUGUCACCAAAACCGCCUCCACCAGAAGUGGGCAGCAGACUCCUCAGACUAGUCUCUCCUGACAGUGAUGUCCGCACAAUUAUCGAGAGCUGUCUCAACACUCUCCACGCCUCCUCACACUUCAGCCAGAUUGACUAUGCUUCAGCUACCACCGGAUAUAACUGGAUCGUGAAGCGCCGCUUACAUGCCACAAUGCAUAGGUUACAAUCCCUGGACAUUACAGGGUCGAGCGUGGAAGAACCUGUCCGCCGUGCCCUGGUCAUACUACUACUCCUGGCCACAUCGACGCCCGCACGUCGAAUCGGUAGGACUGACGUUCCACGUCUUGCUGCACAGUUACGCCAUUCAAUGCUAGCUGCACGCUCAUCGGUGACACAGUGCAAGAACGGGAAAACCUCAGCCAACUGUGGUCAGCAACCGAUUAAGAAGAUCGACCCGGCUCUCUGGCUCUGGAUGAGCCACAUCGGAUAUCUCGCAGCACGCGAAAACGAUCAGAUAUUCUCUGCUGACGGUGAGGUUAUAGAGUGGUUCACGCAGCAGAGUCUGCAGCUUACUUUGCAAAUCUGUGGUCCGCUGGUAACCGUCGACGAAAUCAGAACUCUACUUUCUGGAUACCUCUAUUUUGAGCAUGUGCAGGGUCAUUCGCUGGGGAAGCUUGUCGGACAGAUCUCUGGGAACCAUAACUAUAAUACCUCGAUCAUCUCCUGA